AUGUGGCGUGUGUUGUUUGGUUUUAAUGAAUCGUAAAUAAAAAUGCAAGCAAUUGACUUCGAAAUCCAAGUUUAAAACGUGUCAAAAUUGCAUUAUUGUGUUUAUUUGUUCAAAAUUAACUGCUAAAUACAAAACACAAACCUUGAAGAGUUACUUUAUGUGGAUAUUUUUAUCAUAUGUUGCACGCCUGUCUCGCGAUCUUGAUGAGGGCAAAAAAUAACUACUAAAUACGUUAUUAUUGAUAAUGUAAAAUAGUCAACCUGUGUUCUGGCACAUUGAAGGUUUUCGUAACAAUGAAGUGCCUUAAGAAUAAGCGUUUUUUAUAACUGUAUUGAUACAGAAGCACUAAUUUACAUAAUGGUUGUCAGAGCUGAAUCAGAAUAAAAACUAAAAUGAGUCACAACCUGGCUGGAAUGCCCUCAUACAGAUUACCUGGGCCAGGACUAGGUCCUCCUGAUUUCAAACCACCAAUGGACACCCCCACACCACCAGCACCUGCUCCAAGCAACCCAAAGAAGAGGAGAAAGACUUCAAAUGCCAAUAAUGCCUUAACACCACCUCAACCACCACCAACAGCACAAGACUUACUGCCUCCUCCAUUAACUGGUUAUGGUGAUACUAUAGUGGCCUCAAACCCGUUUGAUGAUUCUCCAUCAACAGUUUCCCACAAUGGACCCAUGAUGAAUCAGAAUGGACCCAUGAUGAGUCAAAAUGGACCAAUGAUGAGCCAGAAUGGCCCAAUGGGAAUGAUGGGUCCUAUGCAUGGAAUGGGUGGCCCUCCUAUGAGACAUAUGAGCCCUUUACCACACAAUAUGAGUCCUAUGAAUCAACAAAUGCCACCUAGAGGAGGAAUUAGUCCUAUGGGGAACAUGAGCCCCAUGGGUCACAUGGGUGGGAUGUCUCCUAUGGGAGGCCCAAGUAUGGGUAUGAAUAAUCACAACAUGGGGCCAGGAAUGGGUGGAUCACGAUCUAUGGGUAGUCCUAUGUCCCCAAUGAACUCAAUGCCAAUGGGCUCUCCAAUGUCGUCAGGUCCUAUGGGAAGUCCUAUGAAUAUGGGUUCUAUGGGAGGAAGUCACAUGAGCAAUAGUCCUAUGGGACCUCCAAUGCAUAGCCCUAUAGGGGCUGGUUCAAUGAAUGGACCAAUGGGUGGGGGUGGACCAGGUAUGAAUGUUCCUCGCAUGAAUGGACCAAUGGGUCCCAAUUGUUCAAAUGGUAACAUGGUUUCAAGUAAUUCCAUAAUGUCACCAAGCCCAAUGCAAUCUAGUGGUAUGGGUCCAGGUCAUUGUGGACCAAUAAGACAUGGUAGUCCGAUGGGUUCAGGAAUGGGAAGUGGACCCAUGGGUGGAAAUGGUCCAAUGACAUCAAUGGGACCUGGCCCACCAUAUUCUUCGGGUCAUAUGGGACAUGGGGGGCCUAUGGGAAUGGGAGGAGGUGGAUCAAUGGGGAUGGGGCCUGGGCCAGGUGGUAUGGGUAAUUGUGGCCCUUUAACAGGUAUGAGUGGAAUGGCAAUGGGAGGACCAGGUGGGCCUGGUGGUGGUGUGGGCCCAAUGGGACAAGGAAUGGGAAUGUUUGGGCCAAAACCUAUGCCUGUGAGUGCAGGAAAAGUGUAUCCUCCUGAUCAACCUAUGGUAUUUAACCCGCAGAACCCGAAUGCACCACCUAUUUAUCCGUGUGGAGUGUGUCAUAAAGAAGUACAUGACAAUGAUCAGGCCAUAUUGUGUGAAUCUGGAUGCAACUUUUGGUUUCAUAGAGGGUGCACAGGCCUAACAGAACCAGCGUUUCAAUUGUUGACAGCGGAAGUAUAUGCGGAAUGGGUUUGUGAUAAGUGCCUCCAUUCAAAAAACAUACCUCUGGUUAAAUUUAAACCAUAGCGAUGUGCUUUAAUCUCGCCUUUUAUCUCGCCACAUGUUUGAGCUGUUUGCUCACUGCCACUACAAAUAUCGUCACUUAUUACUUAAGGCUAUUCAUUGACUUGCUAUUUUGAUUUGUAUCAGUAAACGAAAUAUGGUAUAAACACCAUAAAGUAUUUGUCCAUUAAUUUGUUUUAUAAAAGUUUUAAACAAUCAAAAACAAACAUCUGUUUUGUGUUAUGGAUCACACAAGCAUAUUGAUAUGAAAAUAUUAACCAAGUUAUAUGGAUGUACAUUUUGUAACUGUCCAAAACUUGAUGAAAUUAAUUGCUAAGAUAUAAUAUGCUGCAAUUUAAAAGAUUAUCCCAUGGAUUUAAUGUUUUAUAUCACUUUUUGGUUUCUUAAUGAUUGUAUGCAAUUAUAGUGUGAAUCCACUAUUGUAUAACACAACAGAUAAAUUAUAGCCCUCAAAGUAUAGAUGUCGUUAGUAAUUGCAUUGUGCAUAUGUUAUUCUAAGCAAUGUUAUUGUGAUCUAGCAAUAGUUAUUAUAGUGUGACUGUGUUUAUAACAUUUUAAAACAAACAACAGUGUAUUUAAUUUCUUCAAAUUACAUCACAAACGUUACAAGUAUAUAAUAUUGUUACAUUUUAGAACUACACUACUUGUUUCUGAAUGAUCCAAUCAACCAAACAAGUAAGGAUUAUUCUCUAAUGUUUUCGAAAUAUCUAAGCAGUAUCAAGAAAGAAUCACUAGUAGUUUCGUUAACAAAUGUUUUAGAUAACACCUAGGUAUGUCAAGGUCGAGAUUCCUCUAUGACGGUAGGUACAUAUAAAAUUCUAUAACUGUUGAGAACAUGCAAUAAAGAAAUGCUAUUGAAAUACCUAUUUUUAGGCGUGUAAAAUGACCGUUUAAGUCUCGUUUUUAUAGACACCUUAUUAUAAAAAGAUUUACCUAACAAAUAGUAUAACAUUAACAUCAUUUAUGAUAUAAGGAGUAUUAACUCCUUAUUGACGGUGGCUUUAGAAGUAUGGUACUUCUAGCAGUUAUGUUAUUGAUGCAGUCAUACUAUAAUAACAUUAACAAUGAUUUUGAUUGAAGCAAUAAAUGGUGUCUGCCCUGUUUUGUGGCUUGAUUUAAGACACUUUUGUCUUUGUGCAUAUUGUACAUAGAUUAUAUAAUAAGAUAAAACUAACUUCCGCCUUAUACUAUUUGUGACUCUGUGUUUUAUCAAUUGACAUACUUUUUCAUGUAUUAAAUUAUCAGUAAUGCACUGUUAGAAACAUUUUUUAGUUUAUUUGUUAGUUUUUAACAGAAAUAUUCGUUAGCACAAAAUUUUAUAAUAAAGAUCAAUUUUUGUUUCAUUAUAAAAUGGUAGUUAUGGAACUCCUGUUAAGUAACGUGAUAGUCCUAACAGUUUGUCCAACAUGAGACCACUAUGAGAUUCUAGUCUGGAAAUUGUCUUAGUAAAGUUUCCUGGAACCCUCUACUUAAAAUAUCUACCCCGACUUCACAAGUACCUAUUAAUGUACUUAUAUUAAUUUCGGUGCCCUAAUUUUCAUGUAUUAAUUAGGUAAUAGUGCGUUAGGAGAAUGUAAAUAUAUCAUCAACAAUGAAUCCAUACGCUUUGUUAAGUAUAAGAGUGUUAAAAUGUGUUUGUCAAUUUAUAAUGUAUGUUGUACCAUAUAAGAUAUGUAAAUAACUAGUAUGUAAGCGAUAUAUGAGAUUAUAUUGAAUGGAUUGACUUCAGAAUAGUAUGAGAUUACAAUUUUAAUUUAAUGUACAGUAAUAUCUGAAUUAUGUGUUAUGAGAUUGACUUAUAAUAUGUAUUUUAAGUUAUUCUGUAGCUUUUCUUUAAUUAACUUAUGUUAUAUAGCCAUCUGUGCUAUAUAAUAUUUGCUUAAUAUUUUUAUUGCUGAUACGAAUGGGUAAUUUGGCCACUUUGAGCCUAUCUGGAGUCGGUCUAUCACAACACAGUCUUGUGAGAUUCUAUUAUUUCAAUGCUAUGUACUUAUUUGAAACGUAUCUAAUUGGGUAUGUCAUUUCAUAUUCUGUGCUUCUUAAUAUUGUGAUUAUAUUUUGAAAAGUUUUUCGUAAUUAUAUAACUGAUAGGUUGUGAUUUAUUUCUUCAUUUUUCUUAUUGUAGCAUUCUAGGUUCUAACUUAAUAUUUUAACCGCGAACGGGUGCUUGUUAAAUUAAAAACAUUUACAUCACGUAUACCAAUGCUCGUAGUACACAUUAUGUAAUGCACCAGUUUUAUUCUAUUCUCAUAGAGCUCAUAAGUGAGCGAGAACACGCCAUUGGCAAUAAUUUUUCCCCAUUUUAUGGGCACUGGCAAUAAUUAUAACAAGCAUUAAGUGAGUACAGACUGUUGUAUUAUUGUAUUAAGAUGUCUACAAAAUAUCAUUUUAUAUGAAUUGCAGUUCAUAAAAUAUACCAAUAACUAUUAUAUAAAAUUAUAUUUACUAUAAUGCAAAAUACUUCCGUGAUAUCUCUAGUAUCGUAGAUUCUACUAUCCAUUAUAAUCAGUGUACCUACGCUAGACGAGCCCGUUCAAAGUGUCAGUUAAUUUCUGUGUACCUUAGUGCCUAGUGGCUGUGUAGUUAGCACCAUGGCACAAUACUAUUAAUAGAACAGAAUCUUAACUCAGCGGUCUCCUUGAAUUUUAUACCUACGUUUUGGCGGAGAGCCAGGGUUGCUUAAAAAAAAAUUACUACGAGGACAGCCGUCGCAGCUAAUCUGAAAUCCUAUUACCAGAGUUUUUCGAAUCCGAAUCGUGCGGACGGGUUUCGUUUCGGAACCAUAGACAUAACCAUAAAAAGUAAAGUUGUAGUUACGAUCACAAUAAUGUCAAACAACGAAAAAGUGAAUUUGGGAAUAUGGUAAACGAAAGACAAGAUGUCUAAUCGCGAACUUCGGACCCGAAACACUUUCGUAAUAGGAAAAUGUACGAUCCGUCAACCGAAACUUCGUAUUUCGAUUUUGGUAAUUCCUGACUCUGAUAGCGACAAGUCUAGGCGGCGUAUGCGCGUGGCACUCAAUAGUUUUGUCUUCCCAAGAUUGCUUAGCGGCCGUGUAAAUCGUGUGUAUGUGUGCGUGUGUCAAUUCGGGUGCUUUAGUAUGAACUUGAAGUACUGUUCUAUUAAUAUAUUGUGACCACGGUGACUACAAUGAAACUGUAUUUUGACAUUGGAUUACAAAUAAUUAUUUUUUGUGAUUGUUUACCGUAAGCGUUAAUGGAAUUCUUAUAUUAUCUUGAUUGUGACAUACAUUAUGAUUGAAUUAUGAUAUAACGAUUAUUUCCUUUUACUUUUAUUAGUUUCAAGUACUGUACUCACAAUUGCUCUGAUAUAUAAAUCUGCAAAUGAUAUAAUAAUUUGUACAGUUCACAAGCGGCUAACGCUUGCAUGUUUGCAUCUAAUAUAAAAAAGCAUUGUGUGUCAGAAACAAUGAAGCCACUGCCUUAGUUCAGUAUAUUGGUAGCGGUGUUAAAAUAUUAAAUAUUCCGUUUUUGCCAUAUUACAUUGAUAUGACUUGGUACUUUGAAUAUUUUUUUUUAUGAAAAUAAAAAUGAAUGGUCAAAUUAGCAAUUCAAUUCGAACCUAUUUGUAGAAUGUAUGAACUUAGAAUCUGGUCAAAGAGAAUGAACAAAAGCCCUACCUUUGAUUUUUUUUGUUUGAGAUACCUACAACAAUAACUAUUGCCAAAUUCUAAGUAAAUAAUCACUUAAAGUAAAACACAGAAAAUUAAUUGUGACAGUGUAGUCCAAGCACUUGAGUCGAAUUUAAGAAUAGAUUGAAAUGCCAAUUUGACUAUUCGUGCUGUUAUAGAUAAUACGAAAUCCCCAUGACAUUAAGUUAUUGUGACGAAUAGAUAGUUAUCAAAUAUUAUGUACUAAUAAUGUAUUUUUUUUAAUAAAUAGAAAAUUUGAAUCAUUUCAUGGACUCCAUAAUAUGAUUGGUAAAUCUCUAUAGAAUAAUAUUUUGAUCUGUUGACAUUUUACAUGGUCUAUUUGAUAUAAUUUAAAGAGGCAAUCACCACAACAGGCAUUACAUAAACAAUACUAGAUUUAAAGCUAAAUCUUGAUGGUUUUUCGUGCUUGCUAUCCCUGCUAUUCUGAUGUUAGAAUGAAGGUGUUACCACAAAGGCUUCGUUUAGACCACUUCAAUCUAAUUUGAAUGUGCCUUUAAACUCAUAUUAAGUUCAUAAAUGACGGUAUAUACCUUUUAAUUUUUGCUUACAAAUAAAAUAGAGCUAAACUGAAAAAAUUUAAAUUUGUUACACGGGUCCCCAAUCCCCGGGUAGUUGUAAAUUUCAUGUGGAGGCUAUGUGAUACUAUUUCUGUGAUACAGGAAACUUAGAUAAUUUAUACGUCUAGAUAGAGUCGCCUGUUAGACAACCGAUAAAAAUGUUAGGCCAGGAAUGUUAGUUUAGUGUGCGUGAAUUGCUCAAAAUAGAGGUUAGUUCUAAUUCUAAAAUUUUUUAGACGUUCUCAUCACAGCUGACAUAAUCUAUCUAGACGUAUAAAUGAACUAAGACAGGAAAGAAGCUUGUGAGUAACCUGAUGGUUAGGGAUCACAAGAUAUUAACGGCCGUUUCCAAUAACCUAUUCAUCCUUGGUUUAUCUUACUAGAGAUAGACAAAUCUAUCCUUUUACGCUUACUUACAUUUCAAUAACCUAUCGACAGAUAGUAUUGGAUUAUAACUAAUAUUAUAAGUAUAUUGGACAUAACAGCUAUGGAUAGAUAACACCUUGUCAUUAAACGGUGAUAGCAAUCUAUCCGUAACUAGAGAUAUGUUAUUGAAAUCGGUCGUUAAAAGCUUAAAAGUGAUGUCUUGAAUGGCUGUAGUCUACAAGUUACUAUUUUCAUUAACAGCUGAAAGUAGAAAGGGUGUUUUCUAACGGCCGUUCCCAAUAUACUAUCUACAGAUAGAGAUAAAUUACUACCUUCUACUGUCAGUAAUUACCUGUCAAUAAUCUGAAGCUGUCCCAAUAUACCCGAUAUGUCAUUCUUGUCGCCAUAAGUUUAUUGGGACAGAAAAGUCAACGAUAGUUACGAUUUUUUUCUUACGUAAGAGAUAGACUGAAUAUUGGGAACGGCCGUAAAUAAAUUACAAGUUUCAGCCGUGAAGUGUUGAUUGAAAAGUAAUUUAUAUCAACACUUCGUGUGGGCCUACUGCCAAGUAGAGACAGGCAGGAGUUAUGUGUACACUUGUCAUUGGUCAGUCAUAGCUUAUGAUAGCGUCAGAAUUACACAGAAUUAACCUAUUACAUAGUACUUACAUCCUCUUUGAACCUGCCCUCAAUACAAUAACAAUUUCAAUACUUAUUGCUAUAAAGGACAAUAUCUCCCGCAUUUAAGGGCCUAGUCUAUGCAACAUAAAAGAAAUUAUGAUCGGUUUGUUUUUAUUUCUAAUUGAAUCAACACUAAUGAUAGAUCUUUGUAAAUAUAUUAUUGAUACAUUAUAAACACAAUGAAGCUCUAGAGAGGCGUCUAUAAUUUUGUCAAAAAGUCGGUGCACAUAAAUUAUGAUUACUGUCAUGUCAAAUCCCAGUGGUAACACUACAUUUUAAGUUGUAUUGUAGGUGAUAAUGUUAUGACGUUACUCAUAAAUAGCUGAGCGCGGAUCCAGACAUGCCGCACGCACAGUGCCUUCGGAAUCAUAUCCACUUCCGAAAACCGAUCUACCGGUGUCGUGUUUGCGUUGCCCACAACCGCAAUCGCUACUAUCAGCGUUCGCGCCAUAUUUGAAGUCGUCAUUCGCAUGCACUGCUUGAAUCCGUAAUCCGUAUACUUUCGUAUACUUACGUACAUAAUAUUAUUAACGUUUUACUGUAAAUCGGCUCUUACGGCAGCGAUAAUUAAAAAUCACCUCUCUACCGUUCCGUUAAAAACUUCUUUAUCAUUUUGAAUGUUUACACAAGAAUGUAUCCCUAUCAGAGUAUGUUUUAGAAGCUGGAGGUCUGAUACCAAAUCGAAAGCCGAAGUUUCGGUCCGAAACGAAAGAACGAUGAACUUCGAAUUAAAUCCUUUUACCAGAGUUUUCGGAUCCGAAUAGUGCGGACGGAUUUCGUUUCGGAACCAUAGACAUAAACAUAAAAAGUGAAGUUGUAUUUACUAUCAUAAUAAUGUCAAACAACGAAAAAGUGAAUGUCAAGCGAAUUUGGGAAUAAGGUAAACGAAAGACAAAAUGCCUAAUCGCGAACUUCGUAUCUUCGGAUCCGAAACACUUUCGUAAUAGGAAAAUGUACGAUCCGUCAACCGAAACUUCGUAUUUCGAUUUUGGUAAUAGGGCUGCUGUAAUUUGGAUGAACCACCGUGAAGUGUGGCUGGUUCGGUGCGUCAAGGUGCGCGUUCUCAACUAUGGUAGCGGUGCAUGUUAGGAUCAUAGCAGUUGGGACAAUUCCUAGGAAAUAUUAAUAUUUAUCUAGGUAUUACAAGUCGACAAGUGGAACGUUUCUUUGACAUUACUUAUAGCACGUAAUUGGGAGGUAGUGUGGCCAUUGUUUUUGUGUUCACACGUUGUCAAUGACGUGAUUAUAUCACACUGCCGCAAUCUGUAAUAAAAUGGGUUAGGGAGAAGUAGGACGAGACACACUGUAAGCCAAACCGCGUUCAUUUAAAUUCUGGCAAUUCUAACCUCACGAAAAUGACAUGUUUACAUUAAUUUACAAAUUAAUUAAUUAAUUAAACUUAAUGCCGCGAAAUGUUUUGUUUCCGUCUUAACUAAUGAUAUAUUUUAUUAGUGAUGCAGCAUAUUGUAAUUAUAAUUUGUAAUACAAAUUAUCAUACAAAGUCAUAUUAGGUUAAUAUGUCAGUGGUCUUAUAAUUGUGCAUAGUUUAUUUUGUAUUAUGUGAAUAAAUAAAUAACAAGCAAUAAUAAAACUGUUGA